CAAACAACUUCUUCGAGUAGAAGUAGACUCAUGAAGACUUACUUUAUAGGAUCCUUUGUCUCUGCACCUUUACUUUUGCUUUAAGAAUCCUCCGCAACCCAGAAACACAAACACAGGAAGGAAGACACUUCAAUAGUUGUUGUUAUUGUGGUUGAGUUAGAUCGUUAAUGACAAUGGAGCAAGGCAUGCAGCUGAUUGAUGGAAAUGGCAACUUCAACGUGGAUGGACUCAAAGACUUCAUGACAGCCACCGAGUUCGCUCAGUCCGGUCUCUCCUAUGCUAUUGUUGCCAUCAUUGGCUCACAGAGUAGCGGGAAAAGCACCCUAAUGAAUCAGACCUUCCAUACCAAUUUCGAGGAGAUGGAUGCAUACAAUGGAAGAGGUCAAACAACCAAGGGCAUUUGGAUUGCCAAGUGUAAUGAUAUGAAGCCUUUCACAAUUGCCAUGGAUUUCGAGGGAACCGACAGCAAUGCGAGAGGCGAGGACAACACUGCGUUCGAGAGACAAAGUGCCUUGUUUGCUUUGACAAUUGCUGACAUUAUAUUGAUUAACAUGUGGUAUAAAGACAUCGGUCUGGAACAUGCAGCCAGCAGACCCCUUUUGAAAACAGCUUUCCAGGUCAUGAAGCGUUUAUUCAAGCCCCGUAAAAGAACAUUGCUAUUUGUUAUACGUGAUCACUCAAAGACUCCAUUUGAAUAUUUGGAGACUGCUCUCAAAGAAGAUAUAGAUAAGAUAUGGGAUUCUGUUGCUGAACCUGAGACUUCCAGAAGUGUUGUUCUCAGUGAUUUUUUUAAAGUGGAGAUCGCUGCUUUGUCUAGCUAUGAAUUUGAAGAGGAGAAUUUCAAAGAGCAGGUUGCUCGUCUGAGGCAGCGGUUCAUUUCUCCGGGAGGUCUUACUGAUCAGAGGGAAGCUGAACCUGCUUCAGGAUUUUUUAUCCGUGCAGAGAAGAUAUGGAAAACCAUAAAAGAUAACAAGGAUCUAGAUCUCCCUGCUCUUAAGGUGAUGGUCGCUACUGUUCGAUGUGAAGAGAUUGCCGAGGAGAAGCUCAGACAAUUUACUACUGAUGAUGAUUGGUUGGCAUUGAAGGAGGAUGUUCAAGCUGGUCCAGUAUCUGGGUUUGGAGCCACCCUCGAUUCUAUAUUGGAAACCUAUCUUUCACAAUAUGACAUGGAGGUGAUUCAUUUUGACCAAGAUGUACGGAAUUCAAAACGGCAGCAAAUGGAGUCACAAGCGUUGGAGGUGGUACGCAAUGCUUAUGAUACCAUGUUGGAACAUUUGUAUUCCAACACGCUUGAAAGCUUUAAAACCAGUCUGGAACAGUUACUGAACGGAGGAGAAGGAUUUGUUGCUUCUGCUCGUACCUGUGCUCAAUCUUGCUUCCUUCAAUUUGAUGAAGGAUGUGAAGAUGCUUUCAUAAGACUGAGUGGGUGGAAUGUUUCGGGAGUCAGGGAAAAACUUAGUCGCCAUAUGCUGUCAGAAAUGAUGGCAAAAUAUGUGAAACAAUUCACUGAUGUGCUUGCUGAUGAAGUACAAUCCUUAUUUGAAGCUGGUGAGGCAGAUACAUGGGUGUCAGUAAGAAAUCUUCUUGCGAGCAAGACUGACGUUGCUGAAUCAGAACUUUCAAAUGCUCAUGUUGAUUUCGAGUUGCCCAGAUCCGAAAUUGACACAAGAUUGGGAUAUUUGAAGGAGAAUGCAAGAAGUGUGGUGGAGAGAAAGGCAAGAGAAUCUGCAGCUACAAGAAGAGUUUUGAUGCGCAUGAAGGAUAGGUUCGCAAAGGUUUUCAAUCAUGAUGAAAACUCAAAGUCAGGGGCUUGGACUGCGGAACAAAACAUUGAAGAAAUUGAAAGGAAUGCGCUUUCAGCGUCUUUGAAAAUCCUAGAAAUCAUGGCGGCCAUUCGCUUGGAUCAGACAACAGAUCAGAUUGAGCAUGUACUCUUUUCCUCUCUCAUGGAUGGAAAUGGUGCUGUUCCAGCUUCAGGAGCUCCUCCUGACCUCCUUACCUCUAACGCAUGGGAAGAGGUUUCUCCAAACGCUACACUUCUUACACCAGUGGAGUGUAAGUCAUUAUGGAUGCAGUUCAAAGCAGACAUAAAGUAUAUAAUGAACCAGGCUACAUCUACUCAGCAAACUCUUAGGCAAGCUAAAAGGGCUAUUACAAUAGUUGUCGGGGUAGUGGUGGUUGUGGGGGCAGCAGUGGUGGCAACAGUCGGGACACCUACAGCCAUGGGGAUAGCUGCAAGGCCAGAGGUGGCAGCAGUGCUGAAGGCAGUAGGGCCAGGGUUGGCAGCUGUUAUGAAAGACAUAGGGCCGGAGGUGUUGGUGACGCUGAAAGAUAUAGGGCCGGAGGUGGCUGGGGCGGUGAGAUCUUUAGGACCGCAAAUAGUGACAGCGGUAAUUGCGAUGAUGACAAAUGGGUUUGCAAGGCCGCACCAGCAAUAGGUUUGCUAUUUUUUGGUUAAAGACUCGUACUUUGCACGGUUGAUGUGUGAACCUAAUCUUAAUGCGCAUGCUAUGGUAAAUCACGCAAAAGAUCAUUGUAAUUUGAUUGCCCCCGUUGAGAUUAUAAUUGAACUUAUUAUAAACCCACCAAUCCAUACUGAUACUUGUAAAAUUAUCGAUCAUCAGUUUCUAUAAAUGGCAGUCCAAGUUACAGGAAUAUAA